UUGUUUUCAUUUAAGCGUGAGGCCGGUAGUCAGGUGACGCUGGCGUCAGCAGACUCCUCCUGUAGGGGAAUCCCCUCAAACUCACGCGUGGAUUUUGCUUUGGGUUUGAAAGAAGCCAGUUUUUAUGCUGUGUUGUGUUUUUUGGCCCUUGCGUGAGUCACUCGGAACGCAUCACCGCAAGACUCUUACAAGAGUAACGUGAAAACCGUUUGGGGGAGAGGAGGUCGGUGAAGUAAAUUAUUGCAAGUUUUGCGAAUCUAAAACAAGCCAUGGCAGAAAGUCAAGAAUUUGCUGACCUGUGGGAGAGAAACCUCAUUUCCACUCAAGAAGCCGGCACUUGCUGGGAAUUGAUCAGCGAUGAGCAGUAUCUUCCAAGCUCCUUCGAUCCCAAUAUUUUUGAUAAUGUGCUGACUGAACAGCCUCAGCCGUCCACCUCCCCUCCGUCCGCCUCUGUUCCUGUUGCCACUGAUUAUCCUGGGGAACAUGGCUUCAAACUGGGGUUCCCGCAAUCUGGCACCGCCAAGUCUGUGACCUGCACUUACUCGCCUGAUCUGAAUAAGCUUUUUUGCCAAUUGGCGAAAACUUGUCCAGUUCAGAUGGUGGUGGAAGUUGCCCCUCCGCCGGGCUCGGUGAUCAGAGCCACAGCCAUUUAUAAGAAGUCCGAACAUGUGGCUGAGGUGGUCCGUCGAUGUCCCCACCAUGAGAGAACCCCAGAUGGUGAUGGAUUGGCUCCUGCUGCUCACCUGAUCCGAGUGGAAGGAAACUCGCGUGCUCUUUACAGGGAGGAUGAUGUCAACUCGAGGCACAGUGUGGUGGUUCCCUACGAAGCUCCUCAACUGGGAGCGGAGUUUACAACGGUGCUAUACAACUUUAUGUGCAACAGCAGUUGCAUGGGUGGAAUGAAUCGCCGGCCCAUCCUCACAAUCAUCACUCUGGAGACUCAUGACGGUCAGUUGCUGGGCCGCAGGUCUUUCGAGGUGCGUGUGUGCGCGUGCCCAGGCAGAGACAGAAAAACUGAGGAGAGCAACUUCAGGAAAGACCAGGAGACCAAAACCUUGAGCAAGACCCCCUCUGCUAAUAAACGUAGUUUGACGAAAGAGUCAGCUUCAUCUGUGCCUCGACCUGAGGGCAGUAAAAAGGCCAAACUGAGUGGGAGCAGUGAUGAAGAGGUGUAUACCCUGCAGGUGAAGGGUAAAGAAAGAUUUGAAAUGUUGAAGAAGAUUAACGACAGUUUGGAGUUGAGCGACGUGGUGCCUCCAUCUGAAAUUGACAAAUACCGUCAGAAAUUACUCACCAAGGGCAAGAAAGAGAAGGAUGGCCAAACACCUGAGCCCAAAAGAGGCAAAAAACUAAUGGUUAAAGAUGAAAAAAGCGACUCCGAUUAGGAUGGCAGGAUGCUG